AACAGCGAAAGUAAUUCAGUCGAAGUUCGGUUCUUUCCCGGUUUAUAUUCGCAGGCUCUUGGUGCGUCUUUUUAUUCUCACAAAUCAUAUUUACCUACAGAUUGUAUACGUGUCCCCAAGUAAUUUCACAACUAGAACGCAUUUUAAGUCACACAAACAAGUUGAAUUCAGUUUUAUUUUAAAUCGUGUUAUACGCAACAUUUUAAUACAUACCAAAAAAUACAGACAAAAAUAUAUACAUACAAUACAUUUUAAGAAGGCGUGGCAUGUUUUUAUCGCAAACAAAAAUUCGCAGUGUUUAGAAACCAGAAUCCAGAGUGCGAUCAUUUAUUUUUUUUUUUUGCCCUUACUGUGAUUGAGUGUUUGUGUGUGUGUGUAUUUGUUUGUUUGCGUGUGUGUGUGUGUGUGCGUGUGAUAGAUCGCGUGUGUGUGUGUGUGCUGUGCAAAGCAUUUUUGUCCUUUUGUACGUAUUUACAAUGACAAAAAAUAAAAUCCAAAAAAAGGCCAAUGGCCAAAAGAAGGCGAUCCCUGCCAAUAGAUUAAACAUCGUAACAAAUACAGCAACAAUGCCACCUUCAAUUUUGACGCCGCCAGCGACGCCACCCGCUACAACAGUCUUAAAUUUAAACAAAAACACCAACAGCAACAAUGCCGAUUUCUAUGGAAUGCCGCAACGAAGGCCAUGGGAACGUGAGCUGAUUGGCUGCUUUUUGCUCAAGAUGGCGGAAAAACAAGUGAUCAGCGCCCGCAGCAGCUGGUAUGUGGAUAAGCGCACGCUGCGCAGGGAAUUUGAACAGCAUCUACUGUGGGAGCCCAAUAGUGCAGAACUGCGCAUCAAGCUCUCCAUCAAUGGAGCUUAUAAUAUUGGUUCGCUAUUGCAGCGUACAAACUUCUUGAUGAACACACCGCGUGGCGACUCCAAUUACCGCAUCAAGAGUCUAGCUCUGAUGGAGUUCCGCAAGGAGAAGUAUAAUGCAAUUGACGAAAAGCAGAGGCAAAAUGAUCUUGCUGCUGUCAGCAAUGUGACGGACUCUACGCAGGACAGUCCGAUUACCCAAAAAUAUGUGCUGGAUGAAAAUGCCGAGCCGGUACCGUUAAAAUACCAAAAGACUCAAAAGCAAGAACGUAAUGUGGACUUUGAGUUAAGUUCGAUGGGUUGCUACAUUUGUCAAUGUAAUUUUGAUAGCAUUGAGAAGUACGAGGAACACAUCGAAUACCAUGGCGAUGAGUCGGACUUUGAGUCGUUGCAGAAAAUGACAAAAUAUUGCCAGCCCAUGCUGACGCUGUCGUAUCAGACGUGCGUGGACAGCCAUUAUUUUGGCUUUACGCUGGAGACACAAUUAAAGGAUAUUACGAUUGAGAAGUUCAUUAUUGUGCAGUCGCGUCAGUUUUAUUACGUUUACAAUAAUCGCUUGCCGCUGGAGGUGACCGAGAGUGGACAAUUGAUCUUCUUUGUGGACUCGCACGUCUUUAUGAUACUGCGAGAACAGCCGAUUGUGAUCGGGUAUAGUCAGCUGGUGGACGGAAAGCGUCAUCAUUAUGUGGAGCAGCAUCAUUUUAUGCGCACCGAGGCAUUACCCAAGGCUUGUUUCAAUGUGAAUCCCUAUCGGCUGUCCAAUAAAAAGCUAUUUCGUGGCGGCCGCUUAGAGCCGGCAAUACCACCGCCAACGGUGGUCAGUGCACUGAAACGUGAUGCACAAGAUGCUCAGAUCCGCUUGGCGGAUUACAAUAAGGAGUAUCGCAACUAUUGUGAGCUGGGACGUGAAUUUACGCAGCGCAAUUUGCAUGGCACACUGCGCACCCUGCUCCAGGUGGAGGAUAUUGAGCGGCUGCAGUGCUAUGUGGCACUCAAGCAAUCCAAAAUGGAAUUACAUCAGUUUGGCAAAGAGUUGUCCGUUAAGUUGCAGCCAAAUUCGAGAAAUUUAAGUGCCGAGGAUGUGCUGUCGCCCGGCGAUGAUGUUCUAAUUAUUAAUGAACGCUGCACAAACGGCGGUCAGCCAGAAACGGGCAAGGCGAACAGCAUACGCCAGUUGCUGGAUAAUAAUACUCUGGUAUUGGAAUUGGCGCUGAAGGAUUUCGAUACGCUUGUUCAAUGGGGCCAUAAGAUAAACGAGCAGUUUGGCGUACCGGAAAAGGAGCGUCGCGAGCCGCGCGUUUAUUUUGCCCGCAUCCUAGGCGUAUCGACUCAGCGCGUCAAUAUUACCUGCGAUCGUCAUCUGCCAGAUAAUACCACAUAUGCUCUACUCUUUCGGCCAGUCCGCGCCGUUUUACGCUACCAAUAUCGUGCGCUCCAUCAGCUAAAGCUGACCAAUGCGGAGCAUGUGCAGCGUCUGCUCUUUCCCGCUACGAUUCAGAGACAGCCGGUGGCUAAUGGCGCUUUGUGCCUUCAUAAUGAGCAUAUUGGUCGUAAUCCAGAGCAACAGCAGGCAGUGCAACAAAUUGCAUUUUCCGAUAAGCUGCCAGCCCCCUAUAUUGUGUUUGGACCGCCCGGCACGGGCAAAACGGCAACGAUUUGUGAGGCCAUCUAUCAAUUGUAUGUACGUCGACCAGAGACCCACAUCUUGGUGCUGGCCGGCUCGAAUACGGCCUGCGAUGAGAUAGCAUUGCGUUUAUUGCGUUCCAUAUCCAAGGUGCCCAGUCAGCCGCGUCCGUUGACGCGCAUCUUUGCCGCCAGCUGUGAUCGCCGCAUCGAUAAUAUUGAUGAUCUGCUGUUGGAAUACUCGAAUAUGUAUGCCCUACACUUUUAUCCCGAUGUGCAGGCAGUCCACGACUAUCGCAUUGUGGUGUGUACCCUCAGUCUGGCGGGCAAACUAUCAACGGGUGGCUUCGGCCGUGACGAGGACAAACGCAGCGUAUUCUCUCAUGUAUUUGUGGAUGAGGCGGCUGCCUCAACAGAAGCGGAAGUGCUUAUGGGCAUUACCUGUACCAUAGCGCCAUCUACGAAUCUAAUCCUAUCUGGCGAUCAUAAGCAAUUGGGACCGGUACUGCAAUCGCAGCGUGCCGGAGAUUGGGGACUGGGCGUUUCGCUAUUUGAGCGACUCCUGCAGCGUGAGUGCUACCGCUUGGACGAGAAUGGUGAUUACAAUGCAGCCGUACAGACGCGAUUGCGACGUAACUAUCGUUCCCAUCCCGAAAUUGUCUCGCUCUACAGUGAUCUCUACUACAACAGCGAACUGAAAUCGGAGGCGGCACUAGCAAAUGUAUGCCUUGCCAGAAACUGGUUUCAUACGCCCAACGAACAUUUUCCCAUAAUGUUUCACUCGGUUUUUGGCACGACCAUGAACUCCCAAAGUUCGCUGAGCCUCUGCAACAAUAAGGAAAUAGAUGCAGUUAUGGACUAUGUAAAGGAUUUGAUGUAUUUUGGCAUCAAUGGUGAAAAGCUGGCCCAAACGGAUAUUGGCAUUAUAUCGCCAUAUAAGAAUCAGUAUCAGCGCAUCCAGGAGCAGCUCAACAUGCGCAAUUGGCAUCAAAUCGAUUGUGGCUCUGUUGAACUGUUCCAAGGCAAGGAGAAGCAAAUUAUAAUUGUUUCUUUUGUGCGCUCGUUUACGGAAAAGUUGGGCUUCCUUAAUAAUAGUCGCCGUUUGAACGUUUUACUAUCACGUCCCAUGUCCUUGCUUAUCUUAAUUGGUAAUCCGCGCACGCUAAGCAAAAAUCAGGAAUUUCGUCAUAUCAUCGACAUGUGCCGGGAUCGCAAAACGCUCGUCGGUUCGCCCUAUUAUCCGGAUGAUAAUAAGACGAACGAGGCGAACGGGACGGCCACUCAAUCUGGUAAUCCAAUGCGUUCUGGCUGUAAUAAUAAUCGCCAACAGCCAACAGAUGCAACACAUGAGGACGGGCAGACAUUGGGACAGACAUUCAAGCGAACUAACAUACACAACAAGGGGCUCUUAUCUGCGGCCACAAAGAUUGGCUACAAUAAGGCUGAGCUGCUGAAACUGAGCGGCCAGGCUCAGCAGCCUAAAAAAUCGGACCUGGACAAGCUGUUCGACGAGCUGCCCAGCGUACCGCGUUAUGUGGACGAUGAGUCUGCCACAGUGCGCUCCAUCAAGGCAGACAUGCAGCGUUUAUCCGUUAAUGAGCCGCCCAAAGCUGUGGCGUCUACUUCAGCUAGCCAGCGGGCAACAACUGGUUUUUGUUUCAGCGCCAAUAUCCAUCACAACGCUUCGACCGCUAGUAUAGACUCUUCAGUUACUGAGGGCCAAGAGGCGCUCGAGUUACCAUUUGCGCCCAGUGCACCGCCGGCCAGUCCAGGUUUGCGACGUAGCACUCAGUACAGCUACAUUCCCAAGGGCUAUAUGCGCUUUGAGAGCACUCAACAGUCGCCAAAUCAUUCCACGGUACACAACGAUGUAAUGCGGCCAAAACCCCAAAGAUUAGCUGAUGAAUACACACAACCGCCACCAUUCUUUGGCCACAGCACGUCCUGGCAAAGCAAGACUCCAAGACCGCAGCCUAAGCCAGAAAAGAAGAGCACUUGUGUUAUAUCAUAGUUGCGUAUAUUAAUGUAGCUUCUAGUUACAAAAAAUUUACGAGGACUACAUCGGGAUAAUUGUGUCCCAGUGUUAGCCUCUUUUGACCUUUGCUGUUUGCGGCAUAUUGCAAAUGGAAGCAGCCACAACUAGACUGCCGCACUUGCAACAUGAGCCAAGCAGCAAAAAAGAAAAUUUUUUAUAAACUUAGCAAAUUCGCAUUGUAUGAAUUAAAAUGCAGCACUUUGAAUGUUUGCUUAAAUGCAUCAGUUGCGAGUUUGGAUGAUAUUUUAAAAUAUAUAUUUUCGUAUUGAACAUCUUAUACAUGCGUGUGUAAAUCCCUGAGAUUUGCUCAACUUAUUAAACAUGUAUGUGAUGUUUUAAAAGACAUUAAAUCAUAUUAUACAAAUUUCGAUACAUUCACUAAAAGGGGAGCUUAGACUCCGUUGAAUUUGUGCAGAGCCCAUACGCUGCCUGAUUUUUAUUUAAAUAAAUUUUGUGUCUUCAAUUUAAAGUUGACAAUUGUGAAAACUAUGUGAAGCGCAAGUUAAAGAGAAUUUAAAAAAAAUUUUUUUUUUGCCAUAUGUUAACCGAAAUCAAUAAUAAACAAUAUACUUAUUGGACAAGCAUAAUAA